AUGGAUAGAAGUAGAGAGGCUGGAGAGCAGGGGGGAGUUGCUGGUGGAGGAGUGGGGACUCACCAACCAGCCAACCCUACGCUGCCUACUUCUUCUACACCAUCUCCUACUACCGUGGAUCCUGUGAAAGCUUUCUCUAUUGAGAAAUUCAUGGGGGAGGACUAUGAGCACUGGAGUUUCCGCAUGAGGCUGAUGUAUACCCAAUACAAACUAUUUGAUUUGAUGGAGGAAAAGGAGAAGAUGCCAGAGGCCGCGAAGCUGAAAGGAGCGUGGAUGAAGCGAUCGUUCGACGCGUACAUGCUCAUGUCGUGGUCUGCCCUUGCAAUCAACCUCAACUCUCAACAGCCCAAGUGGAGCAUGGAUUACAUUCGCGCACGCAUCCUAGAGGAGGACCUGCGGCGGCGGAGUGUGGAGCGCUCAGAGGAGGGGGCUGGCUAUGGAGUUGGAGGUGGAAAGAGUGGCUUCAAGAAGAAGUGGAAGGGCAAGAACAAGGAUAACCCUAAGGAGGAUGGCGGCGGGGGUCAAGAGGAGGUGUGCUUCUACUGCAAGAAGCGCGGACAUCGUUGGCGGAAGUGCUACCAACGACCCAAGGAUUGGACCCCGCCUUCAUCAAGCAACCACCGUGGUAGCACGAGGAGUGGGGGAGUCAUGGGAGCUAGUGGAGAGGAGAAGGAUGAGGAGAAAGGCGGCAAAUCUGAGGAGCGGAAGGCCGGGUUCUUCUUCUUCGUGAACGAAGGCGCAACCAACCACGCUAUGGCUGCCAAGACUGGCGGUGGUGAGCAGCAAGGUGCUGGUCCUGCUGCGGAGGAGGGGUUGGAGGAUGAGUCGGCACGUGUGGACCCACCAUCUCAGCCUGAGCGUGCUGCAAACGCCAAGGUCACCAAGAGAAGUGUGCAGAGAGGAGCUUCACCACAUGGGCAGCAGAUUGCAACCCGCGAGAAAAGAGUGGCAGCAGCACCCUCAAGGCUGAAGAGGCACUGA